CAGUACGCACCCGGCAGACUUCCAGAGCUAGCUACACGCUGUUGGUUCGAGAUAUCCCCUAAACUGAGACAAAAUUAAAAUAUACAUAAAAGGGGAGACGUCGUCUUAGUAAAGUACAAGAAGUAUAUGUGCAGAGAUGAAAUUAUAUGUGAGUGAAGGUAACCCACACUGUUUAAAAGUGUUGGCUGUACUGGAAACAACUGGAGUAAAAUGUGACGUUCAACAUGUCAACCACGAAGAGAAAGUGGUGCCAUUCCUCAGUCGUGCAACCUUGCCAGUUCUGCAUCUUCCCAGUGGUCAGUUCCUGUUCAGUCCCAACGCCAUCUGCCAAUACCUGUUUGAAGUUAGUGGGAAACAGAUCAGCAAACAGAGCCACCAAUGGCUAGAAUGGGAGGCAACAGAACUGCAGCCUGCGCUGAUGCACGCCCUCCACUUGGCGACAGUGCAGGGGAAAACAGACUCAGCCAAAGCCCUUGUAGCUCCACUCAGCUACCUCGAGCAAAACAUGAGCAAGAAGACAACAGCCUUCUUGAUAGCAGAAACUGUUGAAGUUGCAGACAUUGUCCUCUGGGCGGCGCUGUAUCCUGCUUUCCUUGAACGGAGUUUCAAUAUGGGAGAGCAGAAGUCCACACAGAGCUGGUUCGAGAGCGUGGGCUCCUUGCCAGCCUGCCAGGCCUCUGCCCAGAGCGUGUUCAAGGGGAAGGGCUUGGAGGUCCUGAAGGCCUACCUGCAGAAGCAGCCUGCUCCACAUGGGCCCCAGGCCCAGCACAGGGACUCGCACUCGGGCAGCACCGGCAGCCCACAGGAGUCUGAGGUGUCCGACCGUGUCAUGACGGAAGAGGAGAUUGAAACAGCUGAACAGAAAUGGAACCAGAAGAUUGACUGUCAAAGCAAGCCAGAGAGGAAGCACCCUAUCCUUCCGGAGCAGGGCAAGCGUAAUGUGCUGAUCACCAGUGCUCUGCCCUACGUCAACAACGUGCCCCAUCUAGGGAACAUCAUCGGCUGCGUGCUCAGCGCUGACGUCUUUGCAAGGUAUGGGCGUCAGCGGGGGUGGAACCUGUUGUACAUCUGCGGGACAGAUGAGUACGGCACGGCCACGGAGAACAAGGCGCGCGAGGAGGGCCUGACGCCCCAGCAGAUCUGCGACAAGUACCACGCCAUCCACACCAGCAUCUACAAGUGGUUCCAGAUAGACUUCGACUUCUUUGGCCGCACCACCACGCCAAGACAAACCGAGAUCGCUCAGGACAUCUUCUGGCGUCUGAACGAGCGUGGCUUCCUCCAGGAGGACACGGUGGAGCAGCUCCGCUGCGAGAAGUGCCAGCGUUUCCUGGCCGACCGCUUCGUGGAGGGCGUUUGUCCCUUCUGCAACUACCCAGAAGCCCGCGGGGACCAGUGCGACAAGUGUGGCAAACUCAUCAACGCUGUGGAACUGAAGGAGCCCCAGUGCAAAGUCUGCAAGCAGACACCAGUCAUCCGCUGCUCCAAACACUUGUUCCUGGACCUGCCAAAGUUGGAGACAAGUCUGGAAAAGUGGCUGGAGCAGUCGUUCAGCGCGGGGGACUGGACCACCAACGCCCGCAACAUCACGCGCUCCUGGCUGCGGGACGGCCUGAAGCCUCGCUGCAUCACGCGUGACCUCCUCUGGGGCACCCCUGUACCCCAUCCCGACUUCGCCGGAAAGGUGUUCUAUGUGUGGUUCGAUGCCCCCAUCGGUUACUUGUCAAUUACGGCCAACUACACAGACCAGUGGGAGAAAUGGUGGAAGAAUCCAGAGCAGGUGGAGCUGUACAACUUCAUGGCCAAGGACAACGUGCCGUUCCACAGCGUGGUCUUCCCCUGCUCGUUGCUGGGCGCCCAGGAUAACUACACACUAGUUAACAACCUCAUCGCUACAGAGUACCUGAACUACGAGGACACUAAAUUCUCCAAGAGUCGUGGCGUGGGCGUGUUUGGCGACAUGGCCAAGGACACGGGCAUCCCGUCUGACGUGUGGCGCUUCUACCUGCUGUACCUGCGGCCGGAGGGCCAGGACGCCGCCUUCUCCUGGGCAGACAUGGCCCUCAAGAACAACUCCGAGCUGCUCAACAACCUGGGCAACUUCAUUAACAGGGCGGGCAUGUUUGUGUCCAAGUUCUUCGAGGGCAUGGUGCCCCAGGUGAGCCUGCAGGAGGAGGACAGGCGCCUGCUGGCCCAGGUGGGCUGGGAACUCAAGCAGUACAUCCAGUUCCUGGACAAAGUCAGGAUCCGUGACGCCCUGAAGUGCAUCCUGAAUAUCUCUCGCCAUGGAAACCAGUAUAUCCAAGUCAACGAGCCCUGGAAGAAAAUCAAAGGCGGCGAUACAGACAGGCAGCGCGCGGGCACUGUGACAGCGGUGUCGGUCAACAUGGCAGUGCUGCUGUCGGCCAUGCUGGAGCCCUACAUGCCCACGGUCAGCGAGACCAUCCGUGCCCAGCUGCAGGCGCCGCCGGCCUACUCCCACCACAUGCUGCAAGGGGAGGGCAACUUCGUCUGCUCCCUGCCAGCCGGCCACCGCAUCGGCACGGUUAGCCCCCUGUUCCAGAAACUGGAGUCCGAACACAUUGAGAGUCUGAAGAAGAGAUUCGGAGGGCAGCAGGAUGAGGAAGAGACACCCAAGAAACAGUCUCAGACCACCACCCAGAACGACGCGGCGCCCAAACCCAGUGCCGCCGCAGCCGCGCCUGUGCCACAGGCGCCCGUCACGGCUGACCCCGAGCUCGCCAGGCAGCUGACGGCUGCCGUAGCCGAACAGGGAGACAAGGUCCGAGAGCUGAAGGGCCAGAAGGCGGAGAAGGCUGUGAUCACAGCAGAGGUAGCCAAACUCCUGGAGCUGAAGAAACAGCUGGCCUUGGCCGAGGGAAAGAACCCAGAACCUGCUCCGCAGAAGGGGAAGAAGAAGUGAG